AUGUCAAACUUCUCAUUCCAACUCAACAGCAUAGCGCUGCUCAUCACACUGACAGCACUAUUGCUGAUCUACAAGCUUCUCAACUCUUUCGUUAUCCGCCCUCUGCACAACCACCUAGCCGCUCGCCGACUCAACUGCGGGAGCCUGCCAACAGAGCCCUCGAAAUGGCCUUUCGGCAUCGACACGGUCCUGCGCGGCCUGCAAGCCGACAGGGACCAGCAGAUGCCCGACUACGUGGCCUCGCGCUUCGCCGCCAUGGGCCGCUACACCUGGCGCAUCAGCGUGCUGGGGACGUCCAACAUCAUCACGGCCGAGCCGCGCAACGUCCAGGCCCUGCUCGCGACGCAGUUUGACGACUUUUCCAUGGGCGACGCCCGCACCACAAAUCUCAGGAUCCUGCUGGGGCGGAGCAUCUUUGCAGUCGACGGGGCGGCCUGGCACGGCGCCAGGGAGACCAUGCGCCCGCUGUUUGCGCGGGACAACGUCUCCAACGUCGAGCUGCUGGAGGGAAACUUUCAAAAGCUGCUGCGGUGCAUCAAGCAAGAGCUGCACAAAGACGCCGAGGGUCGUCUCUGGACCGCCCCCACCAGUCUGGCCGCUCUGCUGCCCAGCUUCACGCUCGACUCCGCCUCCGAAGCCUUCCUGGGAAGCAGCGCCGGCGCGCUGGACGCCAGGCUCGACGGCAGCGCGCAGCCGCAUCUCCUCUGGGCGCUGGAGCGGAUGGCGCCGCUCCUGCGGGUGCGCUUCGCCCUGCGCGGUCUGUACUUUCUCUACGGCACCCGCGAGCUGCGGCGGUGCGCGGACGCCAUGCACGCGUUUGUCGACGCGGCGAUGACAAGGGCCGACGACGCGCUCAAGCAAGAUCACGAUGGGCAGCACCUCGGAGGCAAAAGAUUCGAAUUCCUGCAGAAAUUACGCGCGCGCUGCGCCGACCGUGCCGAGGUUAGGGAGCAGGUGCUGGGCCUGCUGGCGGCGGGCACGGACACGACGGCGGCGCUGGUGGGGUGGGUAUUUUACUCGCUGAUCCGGCACCCGCGGGUGUUUGCGCGGCUGCGAGAGGCGGUGCUGGAGGACUUUGGCGCGACGGGGCGGCAGGUGACGUUUGAGCGGCUCAAGAGCUGCAGGUACCUGCAGCAGGUGCUGAGCGAGACGCUGCGGCGGCACUCGGUGGUGCCGCUCAACAGCCGGCGGGCGCGGCGCGACACGACGCUGCCGACGGGCGGGGGUGCCGACGGCACGCAGCGCGUGUUUGUGCCCGCGGGCACCGAGGUCAACUUUAGCACGCACGUGCUGCACCGGCGCGGGGACCUGUGGGGGCGCGACGCGGACGACUUCCGGCCCGAGAGGUGGGCGGAGCGCAGGCCCGGCGUGUUCCACUACGUGCCGUUCAACGGCGGGCCGAGGAUCUGCAUCGGGCAGCAGUUUGCGCUGACCGAGGCUGGGUUUGUAGUGGUCAGGAUGCUGCAGGAGUUUGAUGCCGUCGAGGGUCUGCACGUCGACCCGGAGAGGGACUGGCACAACUUUGGAAUUACUUGCUCGCCUGGCAGCCCCGAGGAUAGGCACGCGGGGGUGACUUGCCGACUUAGGCUAGCCAGCUAG